AUGGAUCUUACCUCCGACCUUCUCGAACCGGAUUCUCAUGAACAACGAUUGAAAAAUAUGACGCGGAUGAAGCCUGGCACCUUCUUGGAGCUUGUCAAUUGGCUACGGAACUAUACAAGUAUAAAAGAGCUGACAGAUCCACUUGCUAUUCAUAUUGAACAGAAGCUCUUGAUUUUUCUAUAUAUAACCACUCAAGGAAUGGCAUAUAGAAACACUGCGGAGAUGUUCCAUCAUUCCACAGAUACAAUAUCAAAAAUAUUCCAUGAAGUGUUUAAGAAAUUAUGUGAACUGUAUGACCAUGUUGUUCAUCUGCCUGUCUGUCAAAUGGAAUAUAGCAGGGAGGCUCUGAGUGAUAAUCCCAAACAGUGGCCAUUCUUCAAAGGGUGUAUUGGAGCUCUGAAUGGAACUCAUCUGUCAAUUGCAGUUCCUUCAAACCAGCAGUCAUCAUGGUGA